AUGGGAGCCUCGACCGUGACACUGAAGCAGACCAAGCUCAUCAGAUCACCGCGAGAUGCAGUGCCCGGCCAGCAACGACCGCCAAACAUUCGCUAUGUCUAUACCCUCACCUCUUUUGUCUGCCUCGGGUCGUUCUUGUUCGGCUGGAACCAGGGCGUCAUGUCGAUGAUCAUCGCGGAUAGACGAUGGUUGGAUCUGAUGCAGCCAGCCAACGACUGGGCGGUCGGCUUCGUUGUCAGUAUCUAUAAUAUUGGCUGCGCGGUCGGCGCCAUGACGAUUGGCUUCUUCGCCGAUUCCCUUGGACGUGGGCGUACGCUGUCGUUGGCCAGUAUAAUAUUCGUCGCCGGGGCCCUGCUUCAGGCCUCUUCAUAUAGCAUCACGCAGAUGACCGUGGGGCGAUUGAUCUUAGGCGUCGGUGUGGGUGCUUACUCUGCUGCCGUACCCCUGUACAUCACCGAGAUCGCCCCUGCGGCUAUUCGGGGCCGGAUAGGGGCCAUCAACUUGAUGAUUCUCUGUUUUGCCGAGAUGGUCGUCUUCUUUGUCGUAUACGGCUUCUUUUUCAUGAACUCGGACAACUGGUGGCGGCUUCCGAUCGCGAUCCAGAUCAUCCCGGCGCUGAUACUGGCGGUCGGCUGCUGGACUUGGGUCCCGCCAUCGCCACGAUGGCUCGUGGCACAGGAGCGAUAUGAUUGCGCGCAUGAGGUAUUGUGCCGCCUGCACGGUUCAGAUGUCGCUGAGCGCGAGAUCAAGGAGAUCCGGGAAUCGCUCGUAGUUGAAGAUGCGUCGGCGCAGGGGACGUGGUCCGACAUGUUCAAAGGCCCUGUUCUGUGGAUCACGUUCCUCGGCACUACCAUCCAGUUUCUGCAGCAGAUUACGGGAACGAAUGCCAUAUUCUAUUAG